AUGCGUACCUCCCGCGCAUCCAAGGAGACCGCGAGGGUUUUGCAGGCUCUGUCGCCCCCUGGACGCCGACAGACUCGCAGCACAUCAGCUCAUGCUAGUGCCCUGCGCAGUUUCGCCUUCAACGGCGGCGAUGAUGUGUCUGCGGAGGCACUGAGCGACGACGAUGACACUUCCUCGCUGUCAUCGGUUCCAACCGUGGAUAUCGAGGAUAUCCUAGAGCCCCCUGUCAAGCGGCGGAAGAGCGCUUUGACUGCCCCUUCGGCACGCAGCUCGAGGACUCGUUCUGCGCGCACUACGGCAGAGGCGACGAAGACUUCUCUGAAAGCUGAAACCACUGUUAAAGAAGAGGUAGUGGAGAAGCCUGCGGUCAGAGCCCGUCGUGCUCCUGCUCGAAAAGUCAAGGUGGAGGAUGGCAGCUACGCUGUGGAGCCUCCCUCCAAUUGGGAGACCAUCUACACCAUCGUCAAGAAGAUGCGGGAGGAGAACCCGACUGCCCCGGUGGAUACCAUGGGCUGUGCCGAACUAUACUGGCGUGCAUCGUCGCCUCGAGACCGCCGCUUCCAGACCCUCAUUGCCCUGAUGCUGUCCUCGCAGACAAAGGAUACGGUGACAGCCGUGGCUAUGCAACGAUUGCAUACAGAGCUCGGCGAUGGACCUCCGGCUGUCAUCAAGACAGAGCCCAGCGACGACGACGGAGACAGUAGAUUGAUCGAGCCCAUGAAGGACAGCACCUUGAACCUGGAAAACAUCUUGGCCGUAUCGCCGGAACGAUUGAACGAGCUGAUUCGAACUGUGGGCUUCCACAACAACAAAACCAAAUAUAUCAAAGCGGCAGCACUCAUUCUCCGCGAUCAGUAUAGCUCCGAUAUCCCGUCAACGGCAACCGAAUUGAUGAAGCUGCCAGGAGUCGGGCCGAAGAUGGCAUUUUUGUGUAUGAGUGCCGCUUGGGGCAAGCACGAAGGCAUUGGGGUGGACGUCCACGUGCACCGCAUCACCAACUUGUGGGGAUGGCACAAGACUAAAAAUCCGGAGGAGACUCGUAUGGCUUUGGAAUCGUGGCUGCCAAAAGACAAAUGGCAUGAGAUUAACAAGUUGCUGGUUGGUCUGGGACAGACAGUCUGCUUACCUAUCGGCCGACGGUGCGGCGACUGCGACCUCGCCGGGACGAAGCUGUGCAAGAGUGAAAUUCGAGGAAUGGCGACCCCACGCAUCACUUUCAUGCAGCUUCCGAAGCACAUACGAACCAAAAUCUUUGAGUAUGCUGGACUUCUGCGGAACUGUGUGAUCAACCUCCGGUAUGAGAGUAUACGCCUAAAGCACAACGGUGGCCUCUGUUUGAAAGGCGACCAUCGCCAUUAUGUAGCUCCGAGUCCAGGAGUGUUUGUCGAACGUGACUGCAUUCACCCGAGACUGCCUAUUGAGCUUUUCGGUCUCUGCCUGACUCUUCGUGAAGAAGCCGGCUCGAUCUUCUUCGCUCGUAACCGGUUCAAUGUACCCCUCUACAGCAGAGCGGAGUACAAAGCGUUUGAACUGUCGAUGGGAUGGGGAUUUGCUCGUCUGCAGUAUCUGCAUCUGGAUUUGAGCCCACGAGAACACCGCUAUCUAAAGCUGGCUCCUGGAGUGCACCGGACUGCUCUACGGAUCUGGGAAAACUUUUGCCAGCUGGCGCACUCCGAAAUGCACAGUCUCAGGAACUUCAGCAUGACUUGUAAGGUGAAAGACUUGGAGGUGGCCCAAAGACUCAUGCGCGAAAUGAAUCCUUUCCCGGUCCUGUCUCAUUGUGCGUUUCACCUUGAUCAUACCUAUGAAGAACACAUCCAGAAGGUGAUUCGGCGCGCUGCCUUGAGGGUCACGGACAAGCUGGAGGUCAAGCAGGCGUUUCCAUUCUUGCGUCUUCCGCGGGAGCUUCAGUUUAUGAUUCUGGAGCUGCUCCUCGUCAACCGUUCGGACCCCUUUCUACCAUCAGUGCAUAGCCUGGACAGUGUCAUCUCACUCCAGGAUCGUAAGAAAGCCAUGAGACCUGGUAGUUACUGUGCCAUCAACUGCUGCGGCACCUGUUCUCCUGUUGGGGCCAUAUGUUUCUGUCGUGGCCGUCACACCGCUUUUUCGACAUCUUGCAGCUGUUUUGAGAGCCCUAUCAAUUACUUCCUGGUCAGUCGAGGAUUCUAUCGGGAUGCCCGUCACAUCUUCUUCUCGCGCAACAAAUUCGUCUUCCUCGAUGAGGAUCCGGAAUUCAUGCUGCAGUUCGUCAACAAGCUCCCCACCGCGAGCACCGAGCUGGUACGGCACCUUAUCUUCAAGUUUCCGUCCCGCUAUCGCCAUGUCCCGCGCACCGGGCCCCGAUCUGAAGAAUCCACUCUCGAGUGGUGGAAGGUGCUCCGGCGCUUCAUCCGCGAGCACUUCGAAGUCCGGUACCUCUCGCUAACCAUUGUGGACAUGGGCUGGAAAGGGUUGAUUUCUGGCGAACCCCGGCGCAAGUAUCUGAAGAAGUUGUUGGAGGGGUUCAUUGAAUUUCAAGGACUGCACGACUACCGGCUGUUCCUUCCCGACUAUCCCGAGCUGGUCAAGGUGCUGGAACGGCGGAUGCUAGGAGAAACCCGAGCUCAGAGGAACCGCGGAGUGGCGCCUUUCAGUGGUCCCCGGAAGCUCCAGCAUGUGUAG